AUCGCUGGGCCAGGGCUGCUCCAGCAGCGGAGGAGGUCGAAAUGUCUCAGGAAACCUAUUCUUAUGAUGUCCCCGAUAUACCCAUCAACUUCAAGGAUAUGAAUGAGGACGGGAUGAUUGGCGUUGAUGCCUGGUUUGAUGACCAACCCGCCCUCCUGAUGACCCCGAGAGAAGGGAUGGGUACGCCGGGCAUCCUGUCAAAAUCAUUGUCAUCGAGGGCUAACCUUCCCCGUGCUGUUGUCUCACCAAUGAUGAAAUCCGGUGAGAAAGACAGUGAAAGCAAAGAGAUGGAACUGGCAAGCGAGGUGCCCUCAAAUGUGGUUGGUUCCGUGGCAGAGUGGCACUGCGCAUCGCAGGAGACCGCAGCACUUCCAUCAAAGGCCCCAGGAAGGGUGGAUAGAAAGCUCUCUGCCCGGCGAAAGAGUGCCCAGCGCCGGCUCAUGGCCAAAAGCCAAGCAGAGAAAUGUGCCACCGCCUUGGCUAGCAAGCAGGAGCCGCCGCCUCUGAAGAAGCAGAAAAUGUCUAAUAAUCGGGAGAAACUGGGUGAAAUUGAUUUGAACAGAAAUGCCUCACCACUGCAAGUGCAAGUCCCUGUCACGCCUGCUGCACUCAAGACGAGGGGUCCCUCUGCCAAAGGGAAAUCCACGGAAGAGCUGGAACUGGAGAAGAUGCAGCAGUUGCAGCAAGAGGUGGCUGAGCUGCGCAGGAAGAACGAGGAGUCCCUCAAAGCGGCCAUCGCUGGACCAGGGCAACCCACGAAGACCGUGAGCCACGUGACCAAGCCGAUAGACUUCCACUUCUGCACGGAGGGGCGGAUUAAGCAGCACGGUGAAAGUCAGCCAGGCCCAGAGUAUAAAGAGGUGGAUUUCAGAGCCGCCCUGAGGAGACACCCGCCUUCUCCGUCUCGGGUGGGAAAGGGGCCUACGAUCCCGAAGCCGUUCAACCUCUCCUGCGGCAACAAACGGAAGCUGGACGAGGCCCCCGCGGAGUACGUGUCGCUGGCCCAGCAGGUGGAAAACUUCCAAAGACGCACUCCCCUGCGGUACCACCUGCGGAGCAGGAAGGAGGAGGAAGGGGCAGGUCCAAGCAGGCCCUUAAAGCCCAGAGUGACCAACCCCAGAACUCCCCACCUCGAAACCAAGAGCCGCUCGAGACCUGUGACCUGCAAGAGUGCUGCUGAGCUGGAAGAUGAGGAAAUUGCCAGGCUUCAACAGUACAAGUUCAAAGCUCAAGAACUCAACCCCCGCAUCCUGGAGGGCGGGCCCAUCCUGCCCAAGAAGCCCCAGGUGAAAGAGCUCACCAAGCCGAUCAGCUUCAACCUGGAAAUUGAGAAGCGGGUUCGGGAAUGGGAGAACAAGAAGCCACAGGAGGAAGAGGAGCACUUCGAAUUCCAUUCAAGGCCGUGUCCAACCAGGAUUCUGGAAGAUGUGGUGGGCGUUCCAGAGAAGAAGCCGCUUCCCAUCACAGUUCCCAAGUCACCGGCCUUUGCCCUGAAGAACCGAGUUGGCACCCUGCUUCGAGAGGAACAGAAGGAAAAGGUCGAGGAAGCGGCUCCUGUGGUUAAAGCCAAGCCGAUGCCACACCUGGGGGUGCCCUUCAGGCCCAAACCUGGGGAGCCGAGGCAGGUGGAAAUGUGCCCUUUCUCCUUCGACGCCCGGGACAAGGAGCGGCUGCUUCAGAAGGAGAAGAAGAUCGAAGAGUUGCAGAAGGACGAGGUGCCCAAGUUCAAAGCCCACCCCCUGCCCCAGUUUGACCAUGUUAGUCUGCCAGAGAAGAAGGUGAAGGGUGCCACCAAGCCAGAGCCCUUCCAGCUGGCGAUCGAUGUGCGCGGAGCUCUCCGGCAGGAGAUGUGGCAGCAGCAGCUGAAGGAAGAGAUGAAGCGGCAGAAAGAGGCCACCGUGUUCAAGGCCCAGCCCAGCAGCGUGCUGCACCAGGAGGCUUUCAUGCCCAAGAAGGACAGCAAGCUGCUUUCAGCGCCUGAAAGCUUUGAGCUAGCUACAGAGCGACGGGCCCGGGAACGUCAGGAGUUUGAGAAGAGGCUGGCAGAGCUUGAAGCCGAGAAGGCACGCCUGCAAGAGGCAGCACGGCGUGUUGAGGAGGAGCGGGCGAGGGAGGAGAUGGCGAAGCUGCGAGAAGAGCUGGUGCACAAAGCCAACCCCAUCCGCAAGUACCAGAACGUGGAAGUCAAGCCCAGCGAGCAGCCUCUGACCGUUCCCAGAUCUCCCAACUUCUCCGACAGGUUCCAGCGUUGACGUCCGACAGUCCUGCGCCCGUCUGGUUGCAGAAGGGGCAGGGGGGAGGCCUCCCCCUUGCCUUGGGCUGUUUUCCACUUACUUAGUCCACACACAACCUUUCCCUGAACUUGUGGCUCAGACCCGGGACUCUUUGGACCCC